CCGCAAGCGCUCUCAACGUUCGUUUUCCAUCUCGUCUUCUUCCCCUUCUUUCCUGCCGCACUCUUCCCUUUCUACCCCGCUCCUCUGCUUUCACGGCACUCCAAAAGUACCUUCUUUACAAUCAGCAGUUUCCUCCUGUUCAGAUUUUUGGCGCGCAGAAGCUUUGAUUUGGUGAUUGUUUCUCUGUUUGUAAGAAAUCAAAAAUAAAAAUUUGGGCUUUUUUUUGUCGGUCCGAGUUUGAUUUCUCCGUAGUCGAGCAGAGCGGUUUGGUAUUCUUUUUCUUCUUCUGCUACUUCUCGCAUUCUUGUGAUUUAUGGAAGGGGGGAGAAAGAGCGGCAGGGGAUUUCAUAGAGGUGAUGUGGGAGACGAGAUUAGAAAGCAGAAAGGGAAGGGGAAACAAGUUGAGAGAGUAGGUGGUCUAGUAAUGGAGAAGCAGACACCAGAUGUUCCUGUGUUUGAGGAGACGCAAUCGCCGACUUCGAAAUCCGCAUUCCGUUCACUAAAGAAAAUUCGAAGCCCGGAUCGAUACUCUUCGGCUCCAGCUACGCCGCAGCAGCAGCAGCAGAAACCUUUCUUUUUUGAUCCAAACCAGUCCUUUACAAUCGGUUCGUCUUCCUACACAACUCCUCCGCCUUCUCUUCUUCUUCCAAAAGAAGCCUUACAGCAGAGGUACUCAGAGCAGCUGUUAAAGUACUGGAGCGAGGCGUUGAAUCUGAGCCCACGCGGCCAUAUGAUGAUGAUGAGCCGCUUAGCCGCCAGGGAAAACCGAGGCCGGUUUCCGGCGACAUUUUUCCGGCAACCUGCGUUGUUUCCCGGAGUUAAUCCAACGCCGACGAAGCUUUACAGAGGAGUAAGGCAACGCCACUGGGGCAAAUGGGUUUCUGAAAUCCGUUUGCCAAGAAAUCGAACUCGGCUUUGGCUCGGCACUUUCGACACAGCCGAGGACGCCGCUCUGGCUUACGACCGCGAGGCAUUCAAGCUUCGCGGCAAGAACGCUCGCCUUAACUUCCCCGGCCUCUUCAUCGGGGAAGGUUUAGGAAGCAAUAGCAAAGAUGAGGAUUCCACCUCCGAACUGACUCCACUGGAGGUUUCAAAGGACAAUGUCAGUCCUCCACUUGAGAAUAGCGAAGCUCCGGUGGAAGUGAAGCCGGCAGAGCAGAGUUCAGUUGAAACAGAGGUUGUGUGGAGCGAAACAGAGGAGGCAUGGUUCAGCGCAUGGGGGCCGGGAAGCUCUGUAUGGGAUGAUGUUGAUGGGGUUAGAAAUAAUUUGCUCUUCCAAUCCAGUUUUGCGUCUCUCUCAGCUUCGCAAUCUGAUUGCGUUCAUUCUACUGCGUUUACAGGAGUUGAUAUGGAAACUUCCUGAUCCUCUUCUUCUUCCCCUGCUUUUUCUCCUUCCAUGUUCAUAUGGAAGGAACCGUAUAUCUCUUCGAUUAGUUCGAGCAGAUCGUCAAAACUUGAUCUUUUAGAAGCUGACGACUGAAAUAAAUCAAAACUGAAACGAAAGUGGCCAAAUUUAUUUAAUUGGAGCUCUUUCAAUUCCAGUUUUAAUCUCAAAAUCCUCUCUCCCUCUCUCCCUUCUCAGACAAAUUUCAUGGGUUGCAGAAUUUUACAUGACAACCAGUGAAGAAUCAGCUCUCAAUCGCCCCAACUCUUUCUUAAACUUCGGAUCAAACCAUGGCUGCAUAAAUUUUAGUUUGCAGCCGUUCUUCCGCGUUCUUUUCCCUCAAAAAAAGCAGCAAAAAUCGAUCAAAACAGAAUCUUUCUUUCUGCUUCAAUAACUUAUCCGAUUGAUGCAGUUCUGUGAUAUGCUUUUCCUUCCCUGUUCAUGAAAUCCAAAUCUGUUACUGUCUUAUCUCAUCUUUGAAUUUUCUUUAUUUUGUACCGUCUUGGUGAUGAUUUGAUGUUAAAAAUUGAUGUAGUGCCGUGAAGAACAUGGUUUGAUGCAUGCUUAAGAUAUUUAUAUGCUGAGAGAGUUGGUAAGGUUAUGUGGAAACCAGAGUUGAUGUGGGAGACCAUUUUGAGCUCUCCCUCCCUCUCCCUCUCCCUCUCCCUCUCCUCUCUUCUCUCCCUCUCUCUC